AUGGCGUAUAAUCAAGGCCAACCCUACGGAUUCAACCCGCAACAACAGAAUCCCCAAUAUGGCUGGAACGCCGGUGGACAGCAACAGCAGCAACAGGGAUUCAACCCCGUUCCUCCACCAUGUAAGUAGUCUAUUUUGUUUUUUGUGCUUGGUUUUUAUGUUGUCCAUCAGUCCGGUCAUGGUGAAUAUACGGAAGUCGAUGUCUAGAGGUGCCUUGAUAGUAAAAUUAAAACAAUGGAUGGUUCGGACAGAUAAAUUGGAACAUUAUCUGUAAUUUUUAGUUUAAAACGGUUGGAAAUCGAGAGAAUUUUGAAAUUUUUGAAGGAAUUUAUCUUUUUUUUGCCUAAAGUAAUAUAAUUUUUUCUUUGAUUUAACGCCGAAAUUUAAUGGCACACCUCAGACAACCUCCGUAUAGUCUGUUCAGUCCAAUGUCUUGGCUUUGACUUUAGUUUUGCCCCCUUUACGCCUGCUUUUACUUACAUUACCCAUCCUUUUUUAACCUUUCAAAUUUGACCUUAAAAAUGCAAAUCACUUCCCUUUUUGCUUUGCCCAUCUCCUUUGUCGCCUAACCCUUCAAAGCCCGGACAUUAACUGACUUUUCUGACUGUUGUUUUUGCGGGGUGUAGAUGCCGGUGGCCAAUAUCAGUCGGUUCCAGUGUUCUCCCACAACCCCAACUAUGCCGAAAGCGGUGAAGGCCCCAAGAUGGACGUCAACUUCAACGAUCAGACCAUUCGCGCCGCCUUCGUCCGGAAAGUGUUCGUUAUGGUCGGAAUUAUGGUAGGUCAUGGUUAAUAUAAUUGAUUUUCUGAAUUUAGUUGGCCGUGGUCGCGGUGAUGACUGCCAUCCCAUUCAUCCAUGAGGACACCAAAUUGUUCAUCAAACAAUCGCCGGGACUCUAUUUGACCAGUUAGUAAGUUAUCAGUUAUAUUGUAGUAGAUGUUUCUGAUUUUAGUUUCGUCUUUUUGGUGGUGUACAUUGCCUUGAUGUGCUGCGAGUCGGUCCGUCGCUCCUUCCCAGCCAACUUGAUCUGUACCGCAGUUUUGGUAAGGCAUUGGAAAAAUUUUUAUAAGCGAUCUUAUAGUAGUAGGUCCAUUUUUGAAAAAUAUGUAAAAAUUGAGGUUAUUGCGGGAAAUUGAUGGUAUCUUUGACUGAAAUUCGUAUUUUAGACCCUUGCCAUCGGCUACAUGACCAUGAUGCUGGCCGCCACCAAGGACUUGGUCCCGGUCCUGCUCUGUCUCGUGAUCACUUCCGUUUGUUGCGGUGGAAUUAUUUUGUUCUCGAUGCAAACGAAACACGAUCUGACUUCGAUGAUGGGCUUUGUCGCGAUCGCCUCGAUGGUUUUGAUGGUCUUCGGACUGGUCGCCAUCAUCUCGGUCGCCUUCUUCCACGUCCAGUGGAUGUACACGAUCUACGCUGGGCUGGCCGCGCUUUUAUUCAUGGUCUACUUGGCCAUCGAUAUUCAGAUGAUCAUGGGCGGAAGGAAGCUGGAAAUCAGCCCCGAGGACCAUGUCUUCGCCGCCAUUCAGGUGUUUUUGGAUAUUGUUUACAUCUUCUGGAUGUUGCUUCAGUUGAUCGGUGGCUCAAAGUAGGUUUGAAUUUGAUGUAGUUGGUGAAGAAAGGGGGUUAGAAGUAGUAUAAAGGGAAUUGUAAAAAAAGUUUUAGGUUUAGUUUAGCGAAAAAAUCGACGUUUAUAUUAUACAUGACAAUUUUUGAAGAGAUUUAAACGGCUGGAACUUAAGAAUUAGAUGUAUUUUUUGAAAGAAGGGAGUACGUAGAGUGUUUCAAAAUCAGAUUUGAUUUGAUUUUUAGAAAAAUUUAUAUUACACUUGUCAUGUGUAAUAUAAUUUUUUCUUGAAAUAAAUAAUUUUUUAGAUUUAUUGUCUCUCAAAUGUUGUAAAAUGAAAUUAUAUAUUUACGAAUUGUGUUGUCUUCGUAUGUUUUUGAUCAAGAUUCAAGAUUUUUUCAUUUUUUUCAUUUCUAGAGAUGAUUAAAAAUGGAAUUCGCGGCCUUGUCCCGAACACAUUCCAUGACAUCCGUCUAUUACUACUUUUACUUAACAAGCCUAACAUACUCGUUGUCAGACUGCGGUCGAUGUAAAUGUCCGUUAAAUCGAGCUUUUCUCUGUUCGUCGUGCACGGUGCGAUCGAAUGUAAGAAUUCGAGUUACAGUAUGCUGGCUGCUGUAGUUUGAGGGCUUGUUUUGGAUGGAGAUUUAGUUUUGAGAAAUUUCCGAAGUUUCUGGUCUUUUUCUUUGGUUUUUAAUGUGCAAUUUCAGCCUUUUAAUAUAUUACUUUAGCUUGGCUUAGAUAAAAUUUUUAUUUUUUCUGAUUGUUUUUUAUUUUUUUUGGAACCUUUGGGUCUUAUUUUUAUCUAGUAUUUGCAUUUUUACAAGGUCUAUUGCAUUAUCCCUUCAGCAAAUUAACUUUUUCACCUUAUACUUGACUUUAAUCUUUUGGGAUCUAAAAAUUUAUCUCCGUUUCUAAUCGCAGCAUUUUCAGCAACUAA